AUGGGGGCGGGUACCAGCAAGACGUGCAAAGUGUCUCAGUUCGGUAUGGACCCGACCAAGACUCGGCCGGCUCUGUCUCUGGAGACAGACCCCACGAAGACCAGGCCGGUGGUGCAGACCACCACGGACCCCACCAAGACCAGGCCGGUGCUUCAGCUGAUCACUGACCCCACCAAAACGAGGCCUGUGCUCUAUUUCGACACAGACCCCACGAAAACUCGACCUGUGCUGCAGCUGACCACCGACCCAACCAAGACCAGGCCCAUGUUUCUGUGUAACACAGACCCUACCAAGACCAGGCCAGUGCUUCAGCUGACAACAGACCCGACCAAGACCAGGCCGGCCUUCCAGCGCAUUACCGACCCUACGAAAACCAGGCCAGUGAUUUACCUGAUCACCGACCCAACGAAGACCCGGCCGAUUCUUCAGUUCACUACCGACCCUACCAAGACCAGACCGAUGCUUCGUCUCACCACAGACCCCACCAAGACUAGACCAGCGCUCCAGUUGGUUACAGACCCGACCAAGACCCGUCCAGUGCUUCAGCUCGAGACAGACCCGACGAAAACCCGGCCUGUGGUUCAAUUUACCACUGAUCCGACCAAGACUCGUCCGAUGUUCCAGCUGGACACGGACCCCACGAAAACCCGGCCCGCGGAGCACUUCACCACCGACCCGACCAAGACCCGACCGGCGCUGCUCCUGAAGACCUGCCACGCCGCCGCGGCUCGCUCCUCUCCGGCAAGAGACGCGCUCUCUGGCGCCGGAGUCCGGCCCGGCGCGAGCGCGCUCCUCCUGAGCGCAUCUGCAGCGUGA